GACAUUUUUAUCAUUCCGGUUGACGAAAAAUAGCUCACUACGUGACUGUGGCAACAGACAACCAACCUCGAUUUACUCUAAUAAGGAUUGCUUUUUGUAUCGACCGGAAAUUGGAAUCAAGAUGUUUUACACAUGUGGACCCAAUGAAGCCAUGGUGGUGUCUGGCUAUGACCGUACUCCUCCUCUAAUGAUUGCUGGGGGAAGUGUGUUUGUCCUCCCGUGUAUUCAGAAGAUCCAGAGAAUUACGCUCAAUAUCCUGACUCUAAAUGUGAAGAGUGACAAAGUCUACACCUGUCUUGGUGUUCCUGUCUCUGUCACUGGCGUUGCACAGGUGAAGAUCCAGGGCCAGAACAAGGAGAUGUUGGCCACCGCCUGCCAAAUGUUUAUGGGCAAGUCUGAGGCUGAGAUUUCCAAUAUUGCACUAGAAACACUGGAGGGACAUCAGAGAACCAUUAUUGCCCAUUUGACUGUGGAGGAGAUCUACCAGGACCGUAUGAAAUUCUCCGAGCAGGUCUUUAAGGUGGCCUCCUCUGACCUGGUCAACAUGGGGAUUGGCAUCAUCAGCUAUACGCUCAAAGAUGUUCAUGAUGAUCAGGACUACCUUCACUCCCUGGGUAAAGCCAGAACAGCCCAGGUGCAGAGGGAUGCCAGGAUCGGAGAGGCUCAAUACAAACGAGAUGCUGUCAUGAAGGAGGCCCACGCGAUGCAGGAGAAAGUUUCAGCUCAGUACAAGAAUGAGAUUGAGAUGGCAAAAUCCCAGAGAGACUAUGAGCUGAAAAAGGCAGCCUAUGAUGUAGAGGUCAACACCAAGAAGGCGGAGUCAGAAAUGGCCUAUCAACUUCAGGUGGCCAAGACCAAGCAGCGCAUUGAGGAGGAGAAGAUGCAGGUUCAGGUGGUGGAGCGGACACAGCAGAUCACACUGCAGGAGCAGGAGAUCACCCGCAAGGAGAAGGAACUGGAGGCAAAAGUUAAGAAGCCUGCAGAGGCGGAGAAAUACAGGCUGGAGAGGCUGGCGGAGGCAUAUCGCCUGCAGCUUAUCAUGGAGGCUGAGGCCGAGGCCGAGUCCAUCAGAAUGAAGGGCGAGGCAGAGGCUUUUGCCCUGGAGGCUAAGGGUCGUGCCGAGGCGCAGCAGAUGGCCAAGAAAGCAGAGGCCUUCAAGCAGUACAAAGAGGGAGCCAUGGUGGACAUGCUGCUGGAGAAACUGCCACUGAUGGCAGAGGAGAUCAGCAAGCCACUGUCGGAAGUCCAGAAGGUCACCAUGGUGUCCAGUGGCGGCUCAGAGGUGGGAGCAGCCAAACUUGCUGGAGAGGUGCUCGAUAUCAUGACCAGGCUGCCCAUGACUGUGGAGAAACUCACUGGAAUCGACAUCUCCCAGGCUACAGGAAAGACCAUGCGUGUGCAUUAAGAAGAGAAGAAGAGUAGAAGAAAUCAGGAGAGGUGUCACUAAUGAUCAGACUCAGAGCUCCACAUCUCCUGCUUGUGCCUAUAGCCACUGUAAUGACUGCAACACUGUAGUCCUGUGUGAUUGUUUGUGUGCCUGCAUGUGUUUUGUUGGUUCCUCCUCCAUCUAAACAGAAUUGUUCUUCCUCCUUUAUGUGGUUUCCUUUCAUGAACAUGAUCUGAGUUGUUGUGCAUACUGCGGUGGGUGACAGCAGAAGCAGCUGCAAGGUAUACAGUUAUUCAUGAAGCUACUUUUUUUGCCAGGAGGAGACAAAAAGCCUCAGUCCAAUUUAGCUGUUGAUGGUGCAAGUAGGAAUUCCUGUCAUUGUUUUUAAUUUUUUUAUCUGACCGCAAUCAGCCUCAUUUUCAUAAACUGUUGUUCAUGUUUUUUUUUACUUUUUAAUGUAGAAAAUGUCUGCGGCUGUAGUUUAUCUAAACGUGUUUUCCUGCCUUUCACUUGAUUAAAUGGUGUUGCGCUCUUUAUCACAGCAUCACCUCUUA